GGUUCGUUCUCGUUCGCAAUCUCGCACACUCGGACGGCGACGUUGGCGUCUAGGAAAGGGGCCAACGAGAGAGAGAAAAGAGAGAGGGGAGAAGAAGCGAGCAAUGGCGCCGCCGGAGAGGUGGCUGCGGCGGGAGGUGUUCGUGGGGCUCGCGCUGGGGCAGUUUGUCUCGCUGCUCAUCACCUCCACCAGCUUCUCCUCCUCCGAGCUCGCCCGCCGAGGUGUCAACGCACCAACAUCGCAGUCACUGCUGAAUUACAUCCUUCUUGCACUUGUUUAUGGGGGGACACUGAUAUACAAAAGGCGACAUCUGACGAUUAAAUGGUACUACUACUUGAUCCUUGGCAUCAUUGAUGUGGAGGCCAACUACAUCGUUGUGAAGGCUUUUCAGUACACGUCCUUGACGAGCGUGAUGCUCCUGGAUAUCUGGGCGAUUCCAUGUGUCAUUGUUCUCACUUGGAUCUUCUUGAAGACAAAGUAUGGGUUGAGGAAGUUCAUUGGUGUUGGAGUUUGUGUGGCUGGCGUUAUAUUGGCAGUAUUUUCUGAUGUGCAUGCCUCGGGUCGAGCAAAAGGACCCAACCCCUUGAAAGGUGAUUUGCUUGUCAUUGGAGGGUCCACGCUUUAUGCCGUCAGUAAUGUUACUGAGGAGUAUUUUGUCAAGAAAAGCAACAGAGUUGAGGUUAUGGCAAUGCUAGGUGUUUUUGGAGCAAUUAUAAGUGGUAUACAGAUAAGCAUACUUGAGCGACAGGAGCUCAGAUCAACCCACUGGAAUGCUGGUGCGAUUCUUCCUUUCAUUGGAUUUGCGCUGGCAAUGUUCUUGUUCUACUCGACAGUACCUAUUAUACUCAAGAUAUGUGGCGCAACCAUGCUGAAUAUCUCACUCCUGACCUCGGACAUGUGGGCUGUUCUAAUCCGCAUCUUUGCUUACCAUGAGAAGGUUGACUGGAUGUACUUCGUUGCUUUUGCUGGCACAGCAGCUGGCCUUGUCAUAUAUUCAUACAAGGGCUCGAAGGAGGUUGCCGAGGAGACGGCGCAAGUUACAGGGGCCAUGGACGAGGAGGCUGCAACUGCGAACCGCACGGAGCGAGCCCCCGGUGUCGGAGAAGAUGGACCCGCCUCCAACAAGGAGUCUUCAUCAGCUGCUACUGCCUCAGGGUAGCAGGAAACUGUCUGCUGCAAACUAGACCUGUAAGGGGACAUGUGUACACAGUACAAUAUUUGUUGGUACAGAUGGCUAGACAAACCUUUGGUGUGAAGUAAUAUUCCUUUCUUUUGCUUUCUGAUGUGUGAAAGAAGGUUUAUAGGUAGAACAAGUGCACUGCAUAGCAUGAAGUAUACGUGUUUUAUGGUCCAUUAUAUUAUUUUCUUUUCAUAGAAAAUGUAUUGUUUAGGGUUAUAUUAUUUUUUUCCUCGUGCUAUUAUGCAUAGUGUUUGGAACUCUGGAUGGUUUAAGAGUUUGGAAUUUUCAAUGUUGAGAAAUCAUUUUGGAGUCA